AUGGCCCAGAAAACAGUCCCUCAGACUGUGGGCGUGGAUGCUGAUGGCAACACGCUGUUUCACCAGAAAGCCGACUCCGCCAUCGGUGCAGAAGCGCUGGAUCGGCUUGCAUCCCUCGUCGACGUAAAUCAGGCCAACAAUGCAGGUCGUAUACCGCUGCACAAUCUCUGCAGCAUGGGAUGGUACGACAUCUGGCUCGACGCCGACGUGGUAGACCAAACCCAAUGGUUUCUACGGCACACUGCCAACAUCGAUUCGGCGGAUGCGAACGGCGUCCGGCCGCUACAUCUGGCGUCAAUGUCGUACCCUUACCUAGUCAAGGCAUUGCUGGCGGCGGGCGCUGAUCCGGCCGGCACCACGUUCGAAGGCAUGAUUCCUUUGCAUCUGGCUGCUCGAGCACGCCAAAGCAACAUUACCGGUCUCCUCAUAGCCGUGCUCGAAGCUGCGUCGCUGUCGGGCAACAGCAGCCUCUCCGAUCUACUGAAUGCGAGAGACCAGACAGGCCGUUCCCCCAUUCACCACGCCUGUCGCUCUGGUCGCUAUGAAACCGUUUGUCUGCUUCUGGCAGCAGGUGCCGAUGUCUGCGUGCAAGACGAGCAGGGAUGGACCGUUCUCGACGCCUGCGCCGAGUUCGCCGAUGAGCAGCUGCUCUGGGCCGACUAUCGGAAGCCGGACAAGCAAGACUGGGAUUUUCUGACCCUGCUCGGCUUACCUUUCGGCUGGAAUUGUAAUGUUAUUGUCGGCACGGGCAUGUACGACCGGCUUCGACCGUGGAUCGUUGUAGGCAAGGUUGCAUACAACGCUUAUACAAAGUCGUUUGGCGAAGAUAACGAAGGAACCUUUGGAAAGUCUAAUGGCGGCUUACGGUCUUGCCAAGACACUACCCGGCUCUAUGAGAUCCUGCAAAUGCUCCAUCAAGCAGCGCAAGCGGUAGCGAAACCUGAAUCCUUAACUCGAUUCAUACAAAAUCUCGGCAGGUGUGUCCAAAAGUUAGAGUCGGCAAUAACAGACGACACAGAUGAUGGCAUACAUCGCCAAACGCAGACAUAUGCUCUUCGAUGCUUUAGGGACUUUGCCGCCGAGCUCUCUGAUACAAGGAGCGUCCCACUCCCCCUUCACGAUCAGCAAGAUGAUACAGAACUUCUCAAGUCGUUGCCUACACGAUUUGGCUACAACAACGACGGGUCGUACGUCGACGAAGGUACAGUCAAUCUGCUCCUAAUGCGUAGAGAGUACGGUGUCAUUGAGCGUCUGCUUCGUCGCUCGUCGCCGCUGUGCCUUACGCCCGAUAAGGCGUAUCAUGCGGGCAAGAUACUACGUCUGUUCGCAAAGCUAGGCUUUGCGCAUCUAAUCGCCACCAUCCUCGAGUCUAAUCCCGCGGAUACAUUGAGAGAGCUCUUCUCGAAAGACGAACUGCGAGGCAAACCGGCCGACCAGGUCUUGUUCCUGGCCUGUCAGAGAGAGCUGCCUAACAUGGAUGUUGUACGCUUGCUGGUAGAGAGCGGCUAUGUGGACAUUAAUGGUCAGAGCAGGACCAAUGCCGAAUACGAGGCGAGCGGCGAACAUACGGGCUGA